CGUCGUCACUUGUUUAUUAAUAGCUUUGCGUCCUUUUAUGAAUUAUUCUGAAGUUGUACCUAUUCACGGUGUCAAUAUAGAUAAUGGAUUUAGUCGAGUAUUCGGAGUUUUCUUAGCCGUGCACCACGAAUAUGCUGCUUCACAAGGAAACAAAUGAGGCAUCGCUGGCAUUCGCCAUUUUGAGGGGCAGGGUCAAGCGAGUCCUUCAGAAAGGGGGAAACAGCAGCAGCAGCUUGUGGGUAAAAUGGCUUCGGAGCUGUGACAUUGGGUGUACUAUUACGAUCAUAAAACAUGCUUUACAAACGUAUUACCUUCUUUCUCCCACUUUUAUUUAAACAGUUACUUCCAAACAAAAAAUUUUUGGACGUUUAUUAUUAUUAUUAUUUUUAAUCAUAACAUUAAAACGGCCAGUUUUUUUUUUCCCUUAUCAGCGUCGGUCUGUAUUUGCGUAAGGACGUCUACAAAAAUUUCGCCCAGCCUUUUAUUAUUUACUUCUUAAAAAGUUUCACAAAAGCAAGACAAAUUUUGUUUUAUUUUAUUUUCUGAGUCUGCACUUUGUUUGUUUUGUUUUUGAAUAUUUAUCGACCAAGUCUGCCCAUGGGAAACCCCAGGCUUGGACUUCGGCGUGUGAAUACAUUUGUACUUAUAUUUUAAGCACUCCGACGAGUAUUAAAAAGGCAAAAAAAAUAAUUCGCGUUAAAAACACUUUUAAUCAACUCGCAUAUAAACCGUCUCGUUUGUAUUAUUAUUUUUUAAUUCUGCAAAGUAAGUAUAUUUCAACGCUGCAAAAAUAAAAAUAAUGAACGAAGCCGGACGCUUUAUCGUGCGACACUGGCCGGAACUGUAUCACUGCCCGGAAACGACCACUGUGAAACGAACAUAAGCGCCUACAGGAAGACGGGGACAUUAAAAAAAAUGACACAGAGGGGGGAAAUAUUUGGCUAAUAACACUGAUUAAAGCAAAGGAGCAACCUUGCGAAGGACGAAUUCGAUUAACGCGCGGUUUUAGCGACCGAAAUUAGGUCGCAGAGGAAAGCGAUCACUUUGCAUUGGCCAGCUAUCCGAGCGGAAAUUGGGUUUGGUUAACGGGGCGACAACAGAGCUCUCGGGCCAAUGGAGAGGCCUUUGAAACUGUUUUCGACGGGAGGAUGAGGAAAAAUGACCCGCUAACCUGAAAUCGGAAACCGCCUUUGUGUACAUGCACGUUUCGGCGCCUUUUUUAUUUCUUCCUUUUGCAUAUAACUCCUUUCAUGGUGUACUUUCGAGGAGGACUUGCUCGUACAUAAACGUAUGCCACAUACCGAGUCCGGAUGGUUUAAUGGUGCACCGAUGAACGCUGAAACAGAAUACCGUGUUUAUUUAGCUAACGUUAGCUAGCCAGCUAGCUAGCUAACUAGAUAGAGAGAGAUAGCAGGCUGGCUAACGAGCGAACGCACUGGACACAUUAUUCAUGCUCAUUUAACAGACUGUACUGCGGUUCAGAAUCACUUCAAGAACUAUAGAAAUACUUUGAAACUAUUUUUGGAUGCCCGUGAAUAACUUGUUUGUUUGUUUUUUCUCCCAAAACACGUCCCUCGUUCUCUCUUCCCCGAGAGCUAACAAAACUCGCUGUAACCGGAGUAAGAGCACCGACACUCAACACUUCAGCACAAGUCCGCGGAGUUUGAAUGAGGUUGCUGACGGCAGACGGAGGCAAGGACUACUGGAUCAUAUCGCUGCUGGGCUCUUGGUCUUCCAACUUCGGACUUCAUCCCAUUCAGUGGACUUUCUGGCAUUGCAUCUUUUUGCCUUUUCACUGUGAUUUGAACGGAACUGCAGAGACAUUUAAUAAGGAAUACACAAAUGGGGACCAUUUCUUUAAAUGCCUGUGAGAUAAAUAAGUAAGAGAACAUUCCCUCGCCGCAACAAGGGAACGAGAAGAAACCAGAGGAGAGUCCCUCAACAGUGAGGGAAAUGUUCCAGUUCGGAAAGUACCCUAUGGACAUUUUAGAAAUGCUUAGUGGGCACCAGGCUCAUCAGUUCAAAGGCCUAGGUUUUGAACGACAGCUGCAGCACCAACAGCAACUUCAACACCAGCAGCAACUUCAGCAGCAGCAACAACAGGGCGAGGCCUCUGGAGCUCUCCUCUCUGGGCUCGGCUUAGGCUCCCUUCAAGGAUCUAGAAGUAAUGCGUUUUCAGAUUCCUCGUCGAUUUUUGCCAAAAUGAGCGCACCACCUCCACCCAUCCCCCAACAAACGCAGUCUUCUUCCUCACAAAGCUCUCGCAAAUCUAGCAAGAUGAGCAGCAGCAGCAGUGGCAGUUCAGCUUCUGGAUACCCGCAAUUUUUGCGCCCGUUUCACCCUGCAGAGGCUGCUCUAGCACAGGAGCAACUUCACUCAGGGAUGGGACGGUUCGAUUUUGCAGGAGGUAGUAGUACUGGUGGUUCUGGAGUAAUUGGAGGCGUUGUAACAUCUGCUCCCCCACCACCUCCACCACCACCCCUGCACCCUGGUAUCUCUGUGCCUCAACCAUCACCUGGACCAUCUUCCUCAUCACCUUCUCCCUCCAGUUCGACCACCACCUCCAAUAACCCUGCUACCAGCAGCAGUACAGUAGCUGGACUGGUUGGGGCUCAGUCUGAGGCACGUAGUUUACACCAGCAAUUUAGUUGCAUGCUUGCAGCCAACCAAUACUUUCUUUCUGGAAUGCAUACCAAUGCUAGCCUUGAGCAGUUCCUAGUUCAGCAGGGUCCCCAUAAUCAUCUUGGUCUUACAGAAUCAAACACAGGUCUAGCUCCUCCCCCAGCACUUCACCCCACUCACACACAUGGCCACCCAACCCCUCAGCCUCAGCAGCAACAGCAGCAGCUACCACCGCAUGCAUUAUCUCACCCUCACACCCAUGCCCACCCACAUCACCCUCUUCAUCCUGCCCCUCAGCCAUCGACACUUGGUGGAUUUGAUUUUCAAGGCAUCCCUGUUCUUUCCUCCAAUCAGCUAGCUUCCCUAAUGCAACAGGAAGCGGGUCUUCCUCUCCCACUUCCACUUCAUCUUUCUGCCCCAAAGGAUGAUGGGAAAGGUGAUGGUACAUCUGCAGCUGGAGGAAGCGGAGGGAGUGGCAGCAGGAGAAAAAAAGCAAUGGCUGGAUACCUGCCCCAGAGGAAAAGUGAUGGCAGUAGUGGUAGUAGUAGCAGUACUAACUGCCAUAGCAGCUCUGGGGCACAUGGCCAUGAUGGGUCUUCUGGCCUUGUUGGUGGAGGUGCAGGGGUUGGCAUGAGAGGUCUUGGUACUGACCCCUCCUCAAUCCUCUCAUCUUCAACACCGUCCUCCUCCUCUUCUUCAACUGUCUCUUCCUCUGCCCCCUCCUCAAAUUCUGCCUCUGUGCUGGUAUCAAAUGUAUCACAGAUACCCAAAUCUGAUGAUCAAUCUGCAAUGACUCCUACUGUUACUCAGCCUGAGCCUUAUCACUGUGGAGAGUGUGGCAAAUCAUUCACACACCUCCCUAGUCUCCGUAGACACAUACGCAGCCACGAAGAAGGGGGUAAUGGUCCCAAUAGCAGCGUUAACACAACUCCAAACGCAGUCCAUCAGCACCAGUCAGAUACAAGUAUUCCUCACUCAACACAAGAUGGCAUGACUCAGCAAAAUGCCCAUCAUCAACAUGAACCAAAUCAGACCAACCCGGACCCUUCCUCUUCAUGCCCAAGUCCAGAUAAGACUUACUGUUGCAGCGAAUGUGGGAAAGGCUUCAAGAAAAGAGGACAUCUCCUUCAGCAUGGCGUUAUACAUUCUGGUGCGCGCCCAUAUGCUUGUUCGACCUGUGAGAGGUCUUUUAACCGGCGUGAAUCUCUUACUCGACACGAGAAAAUUCAUGAGGAAAAACCUUACCGCUGUCCAGCCUGUGACCGCUGCUUCAGAGAGAGUACCUCUUUGCUUAACCAUGCCGCCUCUGGCUCCUGUGGCAAACCAGGUAGGGGAUCAAGUUCAAGAAGCAGUGAUGGCAGUUCAGUGAGUUCUGACGACAAGGUGGAAGUCAAUGAAUACCGAGGCGGACAAAUGGGAGAUGAAAAAGAAUUGGUUUAUGCGAAAGCUGAGGGAGGUGCAACAGAGAUGUCCUGUGAAGGCCUGUAUCCACAGGGGAGAGGGGGCAAUCCAAAUACUGGUGAUAAACCAGAAGGGAAAUAUAAUUCAGCAUACACAAGAGAUCCGUAUCAAACAUCCUAUAGAGUUGAUGAUUAUCGUCGACCACAGGGUACCCUUACCACAUACUCUGGAGAUGGCUCUUGUACUAACAGCAUGUCAGGCCCUGCCCUCAGAAAAGCCCCCCUAGCUCCAACACUGCACCCACACCCUCCAAAUCAGCAACAGCAUCACCAUCACCAACAGCAGCAGCAGCAGCAGCAGCCACAUCUUCCUCUUUCUUCUCUUCUAGAUGACUCAGAAGAUGAAGUUACCAGCAGUGCCAUGUCUGCGAUAGCUGCAGCUGCUGCUGCCUCUGUCUUGCCUGAAAUAAACAACAGUGGGGGAAGAGAGGAACGAAGAGAUAUAAUUGGUGGUUUAUUAGGGGGUCUUGGUUUUGGGUCUCUGGGUGGCCCAUCUUCUACGUCUGCAGGAAAUGGAGGAAAUGAUGAGUGUUUGAACGGAUCCAUGAUGCCUUUGUCUCAUCCUGCUCAGCAGCAGCCUAAUUCACAAAAUGCCACAACCAAUGCCAAACCGAAGCGGCCAAGAAAGCCCAGACAAAAGAGGGAACCUAGGCCUGGUGGUAUCUCGGGAGAGGGUGUUAAGCGUAGGCGGAGUAACCAGAACGGGGCUCGUGGGGAUGGAGCAGAAAGGCCUUAUUUAUGCACUGUUUGUGGGCGUGGCUUUGGCAGACGCGAGACUCUCCGCCGGCACGAGCGUGUUCAUACAGGAGAAAAGCCAUUCCAUUGUGACGUUUGUGGCAAAGAUUUCCGAGAGCCUUUCCAUCUUACUAAACAUCAGACUGUUCAUUCAGGGGAGAAGAACUUCAAAUGCUCCCUUUGCGGAAAAGAUUUUGGGUAUGCACAGAGUCUGAAAAGACAUGAAAAGCUGCACCUCAGAGGGGAUUUCAAGCCAAGACGGAGUAAAACCAAGUCUUCGGCAAAUCAAGGAGGAACCGUACAUCAAGAUGGUGGUCAAACGGCUCCUGGAUCAUAUUACCCUUUUCCUCAAAAUAAAGCUCAAGGAUCCAGUGCUAGCACAUCCAACCAGCCCCCUCCUAAGCUUUAUACAUGUGAAAUUUGCUGGAAGUCAUUUCGCCAUCACUUCCAUUUGACUGCUCAUCACCAAGCCAUUCAUGAACAUGGUGGUGAGAAGCUGUUCUCAUGUGAGGUGUGUGGAAAAGCCUUUGCUUACUCUAACAGUCUGACGAGGCAUCGCUUAUCUCAGCAUGGUUUAGCACGUGCUGGACCGACCCCCCAGCCAACCGGAAGCGGAUCUGGUGGAAAUACGUCAUCCUUAACAGAAAGUGAGGCUGCCACUAAUGUUCUCCUUAGUCUGGCUCCAGAUAACGAAAGUCAUGCUGUACAGCAAACACAUUCGACCAUUGCUCAUACACAGCAUCUACACACUCAACCUGCUGGCUAUUCCCCACUCUUCUACACACCAGAGUCAGGUCCUCAUAGUUCGAAUACCAAUGCCCCUUCGCACCCCCAACACCCUCACUACUCGCACUCCUCAAUAGGGCCUCUUACCCAUCAGCAGCCUGUGAGCGGGAAGUCACAACAGAUUUAUCAAGGGAUUACAGGAAACCCGAUUCAUUCUGCUCCCCCCCAUAUCCACAUUUCAUCCUCUCCACUCCACGUUUCUCAGUACCACCACCAGCCGCACUCUUUCCAAAUGCAGCCCCAGCAUCUGCAUCAUCAGCUUGUACAAGUGCAUGGAGAUGUUGCCCAGAAAAAGAAAAAAAAGAAGAAAAAAAAUAGAUUUGGCAGUGGUGGGCAGCUGUUUGGUGGCUUCAGUGAGUUUGAGAAUGCAAGAUGGCAUAGAUUUUUGCAGAGAAAAAAAUUCAGGCUCCAGCAGCAACUUAAACGGAAAAGGUGGAUAGCCCAGUUAAGGUGGGCCAAGUAUACUGGAGGAAUUGGGAUUCAUUUCGGAGUUGGUACGUGGCGUGUGGGUGGGCUGAAAGUAAGAGGUUUGAGGUCUUUGAUGGUUCCCUUAAGGUUCUUCACGUGCCCCAUCUGCCCUUCCACCACCUUUACACGACGAAUAACCCAUUCAGUUCACCGCGUGAUAAGACACCCCCCAAGAAGACAUGGCUGCCGGGCUCGCCUGCGGUGUAUAGUCUGUGGUAAGCGUUCUCGAAGGCUCCUCUCAGCUCUUCGCCAUCGGGCUCGGCACCUUUCCCAAGGAUCUUUCGCUUGCCCCCAAUGCCCCUCACGGUUCUGGAAUGCUGCCCUACUACAGAGGCAUAAAUUUGCUUGUAGACGAGUUGGUGGAGGACGAAAAACACCAAAGGGGACUUAUUCUCAGAAAGGAGAGUAUUAUAUGGAAAGAUCAGGUGGCAUUGCAGACUACAGGCACUAAAGUAUUUUUCACUCUGAAGAAAAUAUGACCGUCGAAACUGAUGAGUUCUAAAACCCCCGAGACCCCCUCAUGCACAGUGGAAGUUCUGCAUUGAAU